ACAAAGACACUCUUAGCUUUGGUUUUCUUCUCUGCAAAGUUUUUGUACGACAGUGGCAACACCAAAGCAAUUGCGCACGGUCCGCAGAAGGUUCUUCUUAGCGUUAUUCCGCUCCUAGGCGAAUGUGGCUUGUUAUUGAAGUACUGUCUUUGUUUUCGCAGCUUUGAACUUGCUCCAUCAGUAGAAGCCGUGAAGGCCUCAUGUAAUUUACACGGUCGGGAAAUCCCUAACACUGUUAUAGCAAGUGGGUUUAGCGGCCGUGCAAUCACUCAGGAGGAAGCCACAAGAAAGGAAGCAGAGGAAGACUGGAGUUGGUUAUACCUGGAUGCUUCCUCUCGGCCAAGAUCGGACGAGGCCUCGUUUCAGACCCUAGAAGAGCCGAGCUACUUGGAUUAUCGCGCCGAAGCUUUUCAACAUUGUAAACAGAGAGACGAGUGCUUUAAGAAAGCCGCGCUGGCCUUCUCUAAGAAACAAGGACAGCUGGCACAAUUUUACGCACAACAGGUAAAUAUGGAUUGCCAAAGAUCGCCAUCCAUNUUAUACAGUUAUAAUCCUCACGGUGGUCAGCCCAGAAGAGGUUACAAGUCCAUCUCCGUAGUAACUGGACGAGGAAAUCACAGCCGUGGAGGAAAGGCUCGAAUAAAACCUGCUAUUCUAGAAUAUCUCAAGAAACACAAUUAUAGGUUCAUGGAACCACACCCUGGCCUGGUUAAAGUUUACUUGUAGCAAGAAGGUGUCGUGAAGUUUUCAUCUUCACAGCACUUGUAAAUUUUCUGAUUCAGUUUAAUAUCCAAUCAGAGAACAGAGAAAGAACUCGCGUCAUCGUAGCGGGAUUAGUUGCUUAGCAACAAUAGGACCAAAACUACGGGCAGUCUGGUGAUUAAAGUUUGCCAUCAACUGAUAACUGACUCUCUUGGCAGUCCAAGAAAAGAUUUUUAAUACUCUUGCAUUCGGAAACUGUUGUACUCAGUCAGCAAGCGAAACUAUUGUUGUAAACUUUUUAUAUUUUAUAUAGUUUACCGGCCGGCCGGCGAAUAGUUAGGAAGGUAAUUGUCUUUGUAGUUAAUCCCGUUUGGUCUUGGCUUGAGUGAUUCAUUUAAAAUAGUAUUUUCUAAUUUUAAUAGAUUUUAUGGCAGCGAGCCGCAGUAACGUUGUUAGUGUAUGUAAACAAUAUAGCUCAUGUAAUGGGCGGAUUUUGUUAAUUAAAAAAUAACAAUAAUGCGCUUUAACGCAACCAUCCGAAUUUUUCUUAUCCUUGAUUUGCCGAGUUUUAUUGGCUGCGAAUCCAUUGGGUAUCGUCCACUAUAUCAUGCUUAACAAACAUGGUCGACAAAAAUCGUUCUCUUGUCGAGAUGUACCGAUAUUCCGUGAUUGUUUUUAAUAACAUAAUUGUUCCACUCGUGCUUGCUGGACAUAAAAUGAUUGAAGCCAA